AACAUUACAAAACCGCUACAAGACUACAUAACAAGUAAAAAUACAAUGUCUUCAUAUACCAAUGUUACUGACGAAAGCUCAUCAAAUGAAGAUCAGGAAAGUUCAUAUUCAGUAAAACCUGUUAAACCAAAAAUCAGUAAAAGAAAAAAUGUUGGCGAGUCAAAAACUGGUAGUAAAAAGACCAAGAUCGGAAAGCAAUCGGAAUCAUACAAGGUUAUUUUUAUGGAUUUGAUAUCAAAAGGGAAAGUUGAAAAUGAUGUAUUGAACACAUUAAUAAUGAAGGAAGGAAAUAAUUCAUACACUUUUAAAUGUCCUGUUGCACCACACUGUGAAGACUACUAUGUUAUUCAGCAUUACAAAAUUAGUACAAUUCAAGAUAUUCCGUCAGAUGAAAGAUGGAAAUAUGCGGAAGCUAGUAUUAAAAUUCAUACAUCUACUAGAAAUACAAAAGAUUCGAACAUUUCAAACAAAAUCAAUGACGUUGUUCGUGAAAUAUUGGACCGGUUUUCAGCAGAUCCUAAGAAAAAAAUUAUUAAAAAUACUAAAAAAUAAAUUAACAACAAUUUAAAUGUAUAUACUAUAUUAUCAAUAUUGCAAAUUAUAAACAUUUAUAAUUUAAUGAUUGUAUAAUAAAAAUAGU